AUGGUCAAGUUCAGAUCAUGGACAGGGCAUGGAUGUGUGCCGACGCAGCUCCUCCUCUGCCUCUUGAUCGGUCUACGACUCGUUUCGUCGUCAGUACAAGGAGCCACCAGCAACCUGCGCUUGCGGUUCACUCCUUCAUCACAGCAGCAGCAAGAGACACAUGAGCAGCAUCACAUAGCACCACGAACACCCAAAUGGACCGAAGCGGUGUUUUGCGACCCUGAAGCACAGCCAAGGCUACAGAGACGCAACGGCACCCUAUCCACGUAUUCAACCUCGGACAAGACAGAUCAACAAGAGGCUCCAGGCCUGAGACGAUCACUUUCGGACAAGGAUGACGAUUGUCAGCCGGGAACUCACAGAGAGCAUAAGGGCGGCGCUUGCGUUGGCCAGCCAGCGAAAGACUAUAUCGAAGACCAUGUCACCGACACUGCCACUCCCUCCGGAAACACUAUCAAGGAGCAAGCGUACGGUGCCUAUGAAGGAUCCUCUUUAACCUCUUCCGCACCAGAUUCAGGCUCCUCCAGCGACAAUGACUCCAACUCGAACUCGCCCGACUUUGGGCCUUCGAGCUCCAUUAGCAACAAUUCCAAUAACACUUCCCUCGCUACCUCGGCUUCCUCCAAUCAAGAUUCUACAGAAUCUUCGAACCUACCUUCGUCCACUUCUCAAAGUCCGCCUCCUCCACCACCAAAUCGGACACCAUCCAAUUUCAAUUUUGGUGGCAACCUCAACAAUGGGUCUCGGACUGAAAGUCGGAAUGAUAACAGCGCGGUUAACAACAGCAACUCAACCCUAUCGGAUGGCAACGUCAACUCUCAAACCAAUCAUCCUUCCUCUUCGAACAACAAGACAAAAGCAAUCGCCGUUGGCGUCACUGUCCCAGUCGGCGUACUUGCUUUGGGUCUCAUCGCCCUUGUCAUCCUACACAAACAGCGACAGAGGCAAAGGAGGGCAGAGCAAGGACAAACCUUGAGUGGCGGGAAAGACGAAGAGAUGACAGAUACGCCCGCUACUGGAAUCAACACACCUAGAAUCUCUGUCCGCGAGGUUGUCCCCAUAGCGGCGCUCGGUGAAGCCUCGAAUGAUGGUCACACCGACCCAACAGCAGAGCAUGGUGCAGCGGCAGGAGAGCAUGGUGCAGCGGCAGGAGAGCAAGACGAAGCGGCUGAAGCAGGAACAGAAGUGUCUUCGGCGCCAUCCCAUAUCACCGAAUUGACUCAUCCCGCAACGCCUAUGUUGGCGGGCACAGAAAUCGUCACACCGGCAACAGAAUCAAAGCCAACUCCGGGAAGCGAAGCCAGCCCACAAACCGGAACAUCAACACCAUCUUCACAAGCAGGAGGUAGUCCAGGAAUGCGAGGCAGGUCUCUCAAACGCAAACCUGUCCCAGCACUACUAGAGACCUUCGACCCGACCAAACUCGACCCAUCCUCCUCCUCAAGAGCUGAAGCUUGCUCAGCGCCACAUUCUCCCCUAGCAGCUGUGGUCGAUGAAGCUGCUUGUAUAGCUGGUCAGUCGCCUGUAAACCAAAGCUUGACCUCUUUGCAAUCAUAA